CAGUCUGGCUUCCCGUGAAUCAGCUGAGGCAUGUGACGUGAGCAGCUAGACACGUUUUGUUUAGCUUCCACGCGGUUGUUUGCUAUCCACGUUUUUCUUCAACGCGUGCUAUACAGUGUAACAUUUGUCUUCAUGAAAACGACUUUUUCGACAUAUUACGAUCUUAAAACGACAUUGUAAGUGGAGACAAUUAUGGGACCCUUCAGAGCACGUGUGGACUCCUGGCGUACUCACGACAACAUGCCCGGGCUUGUCUGAUCUUCUGGGCCGGUUGACAGGACUACCGCGCGACCAUCAUGGACAACAAAUUUCCUCAUCAACUUUUUCCUCAUUUGUAUUUUGAUGGACCGCCUGACGUACAGUCGAAGCACAAUUAUGGAGGCUGGGGUUCAUACGAGCGCGUGCUUGCUGUUGGUGCUGGGCAGUGUGAUGCUGAAAAAUCAUUGGCUCAUCCUGAGUUUCAAUCCCAGCACACAGUGAGCGGUGAGAAAUGGGUGCCGGUCAGACCAGCGGUUACCCCUUUAAUGCCAGCAUUUGAAGAUGCCAUAGUCACAUCUGUUGAUCUACCAGAUCCAAUGGAUUUUCCAGAGCAUAUGAGUUAUUUCUACAAGCAUUACUGUAUGGACGCAUUCGCCACGAUGGGACAUUUGCUCUACGAUAACGUCUCUUUCAGAAAUAAACCGGGUGUUAUGUCAAUGAAUUGGUCUAGAAACUUUAUAGAAGGCUUGAGUUAUAAGAGGUGCGAGUAUGGACAUUACUUCAAGAAUAUCCGUCGUUUGCACUAUCUUCUCAGCGAUAUUGUGAGCGAUGUUCCUCCAUCUCUCCUUUCCUCGCUCCUCUUUGAAGAGCUGAGUUCUCAGAGGGUGCAGAAGGAGUUCAGUUCAAAUUCCACAGGGGGCGCUCUAGGAUAUGUGCCCUUAUAUGAGAACAAGGGUGACAGUGGCGGCUGUCUAAUCUAUCCCGGUGGAGUCGGGAUGGACAAACUCUUUUUCCACAAGGUGGUGCAAAAGUAUAAUGAUGACAAGCCUCCUAGUUUUGUCAUGCAAUCCAAACCUUUUGAGUUUCCUUUGAAUGGAACUAUCAGACAGCUCAGUGUGGGCAAUAUGGAGAAUCUAGGUAAUGUGGCUGUGCGGUCAGAUUAUUUCUGUUCCGUGUGGGUCCUAGGAAUUCAAAGGAGGCCACAGUUAGUGGACGUCAUCCAGGCAAAAGAUCGCUUCACCUGCGUCACCGUCAGUCCACACCUCCCAAAUGAGCUUUUGGUGGUCAAUGAGUGGGGAGCAGCAUAUCUUUGGGAUGCAUAUAAAGGAUUGCAGAAGUUCCGUGAAGAGCAUUCCAACCUGUACUUCAAUGCUAAAUCGCCAUGGCGAUGGUGCGAGUUCUCCUGUCACCCGAGAGUGAUGAUCUAUGCUGACAGAACAGGGGCGGAGCUUACAGACAUAAGGAGUGAUAAUUGCUCUUACACAUUGUUCCGGAUUGGAAAGACGCCAGGUUGUAUGUCGGGAGAGCGAGUGAUACUAGCCAAGUACCUGGGAAAAAACAACGUCAACCACCACCUCAUUAAUACCCAGUUUUCCACUUACCUCAUGGAUGAGCGUGUUCCCAGUGUUCCCAUGCUGAAAUGGAACCAUAUGAUGGACUCGCCACCGGUAUUUGCCUGCGGUUUGCCAGCACAGACCCCAAGCCAAACCAGCAAAUUGCUGCUUGGUACUCACAGGUCACAGGAAACCAUGCUACUGCAGUACAAGGGUGGGAGGGAGCAAGCCUGUCAGACUCAGGGACCCAUUCAGAGGCUUUUUAGUCCCAAAGAGAGUCUGAGCCACCUAGACCUUCAGCUACCCCACAAGAAACACCUCGCUGAGAAGAGGCUGAGCGUAGCUAUUGCAGGUUUUACUGCUGUACAGAAUAAGGACUACCUGUCCGUUUUCCAGCUCACAGAUACUGGAGAUGUCUUUUUCCAAACGUUGAAACUACACAAAGAUCAGACCACGACCAAUGAGGACAUCCCAGAACAAGCUGUCAGUGUGGAACAUACCACACAUUUGGAUACCAAUAAAGAUAUCAGCAAAGACCCGUUAAGCAAUUCUAUUGGGAAUAACCCAACUUGCUCUACCAGACCAAGCACCCCAAGGAAGGAUCCUGACCUCCAGGUUGCCUGGAACAAAUGGUUCAAACCCAUUUUUAAAAAGGCUUCAGGAAAAAAACAACACUCUUAUUUUCGACAGAUAAGAACCGAUGAUAUAAAGGGCUUAAAAGGCAAAAUGCAGUAUAACCUCAGUGAAGAUCGCUCGGCGAGACUGAGGAGAGACCUUCAAGAGGUCAUGAGGAAGAAAGAGUCGCUCUCGCAUGGGGUUACGUACCUGCCUCACCUGGACGUGACACCAGUUCCCGAUCCUGUAGACACCAACAAUUGGGGCGACGAUCUGAGCCAGCGCUUGGCUGCGGCAUGGGAGGGCAAUUGGAAUCAAUGGUGGGAGGAGAAGCUGGGAUUGAACCGAGAAAAGAAAAUUGCGGCUCUCCGUAGAAAACGUCAGAGAGCGAAGCUGGCCCGAGCUCGGCGUCGCGUGUCGCUUUCUGGAAGCUUCAUCUCAUCUCUAAGUUACCAAGAAAGUGUCUUGGGUUGGUCAUCGGCGGGGAGCCAGUUUCAGAGUUCUGAUGAUGAGACUUUGCAAAAAUCUCAAGACAUGGACAUUGAGGAAUGGAGGUCCAGACCUGAGAUACAAAGAAAGAGCCCUGUCAUACUGAGACGGUUUUUAAAUGAUCAGUUGACUGCGGAAGGACCUAUCAGAUCUCCUCCACAAUCUCCUCAGAGAAGGCGUGAUGAAGACCUUUUGACAUCUUUGUCAAAAUCUCCGCCUUCCUUUCAGGUUGAACGACCAAUCUCUGGCACCACUAGUGUUGCAACAGGGGUGGAUUCGGGGCCUCGUUCAGCAUCACCCACCUUGACACGGAUGCCAACUAGCCAAUUGAAACGGCGCAAGGAGUCUUUCCUUAAUUCUAUUCCCACUUCCCAGACAUUUGCUCAGAACUCCGCACCAGAUGAUGAAAUUUCUUUGUCUCAUGUUCACCUUUCUACACCAACUCCAUCAUGCAGGAUCUCCUUGUCUUCCCAGAGACUUUCCCAAUUCAAAAGCUCCUCACAGGUCUCCAAGACAAAAAAGAAGUCUAGAAUGGGCUUCUAAAUAUCUGGCUUCGAUCAAGGAAUGCUGCAAGGUGAUCUGUUUACCUCUCGCUCUCGUCCCACGCGCCCUCUGGAAUAGUGGGUAGCUCUGGGAUGCUGCGGUAGCUGCUGUGCAAGUUCUGCGCCGUCCUCCGCGAGACGAUCCACACCAGUUUCUUGUGGUCGGGUUUGGCACAUUCUGGAGAGGAGUACUCCCUCAUACACUGGUCUACGAGGCCACGCCAGCACGCCAGGUCAGCCUUCGAGAUCUGAGUAGGGCAACAGACACUGCUGCAUUAGACACCAGCUUACAUAAGGACAGGGCACAGAGCCAGCGUAAUUUCAGAUGGGACCGACAUGUGUAAACCGAUAGUCUGCUGGCUACCAGGACACUUUAAGUGCUUUGGAUUUUUCCUACACCAAUGGAUGUUUAAGUACUGUUUAAAACUAAAGGGAUAUUUAUGAUCAAUUAAAUGUGUUUGAUUAAACUAGUUCUACUUUA